AAAGCAAUUUAGAGAAAAUAAAUGAACGACUAUAAAAAAAAGUUUAGAAAUUGCUUUGAAUUUUAUAAGUUACUUAAGUUUAGCAAUUAGUAAAUUCAUAAAGCAUUGAGCAUUAACAUUAAGAUUCCAAAUUGAUCAAACGUUCACCUGUGCGUAUGUGAACCUGUAUUGAUUAUGUAUAUAUAUAUAUAUUUAUGAAGAAAAUGCCGAGACGUCAAAACAAUAAUAAUAAUGGUGUUGAAUAAGGAUAGCGUUUGUUGAAUUUUUGAAUUGGAUCGUGUUCGAAAGUGUGCGAUGGCAGGAGCUGCGGAAACGUCGUCCUUAUUGGUGGCGGCUGAGGGAGGCGGCGAUGGUCCGUGGCUCGAGUUCUGCGAUCGGCAUGCACAGGCAGCGGCACAAGACUUUUCCAGAAGCUGCGUUCAAUACAUCUCGAUGAAUCUGCCGGAGAACGCGAGGGCAUCGCUCACUCACGCCGACUUUCUCAACAAAUUCGUCGAGAGUUUCACGAGACACUUCGAGCUCGACUUCUGUAAGCGCCGCCUCCAGUCGCAGAGGAUCUCCUCGAAUGGGGCGCGCCACCAUGGAGACGAUCUUAGCGACAAUACCUCCGACAACGAGGACGGAUCGCCUAAGAUGCAGCACAAGCCAUUCUUCAGACGCCUCAGCUUCAAAGUGUUGCGCAAAGGCAAGGAGCUCUUCCACAAGCAGCAUUCGGACGAGGUCGAGUUAGCGUCGAGCCGAACGAAAUUGGCCAAGAUCGUCGUCGAGUGUCGGAAAGAAGGGAUCGUGAAUUACUCCACCCCCGAGAGCUUGGACCAACCCAUCGGACCGCCCAAGUGGGAGCGAUGCCGAUUGGCGCUCGUCAAAGCGGUGGGCGGAUACAUGUUGGAAUUUUACACACCUCCGAAAAGCACAAAACCAAGAAGUGGUGUGUUUUGUGCGUUAAUAACGGAGGCUAGAGAAACAACAGCGCUGGAGAUGCCCGAUCAUGAGAACACAUUUGUCUUGAAGGCCAACAACAACAUGGAAUUUGUCAUCGAAGCUCACGACACGGACGACAUGCGUUCUUGGCUUGCAACCAUAAAAUACUGUAUGAGAUCGGUGCCUGGUUCCGAGUCAGGUGGUUUUUCUGAACUGGGAAAGCAGGAUUAUCACCAUGGAGAUGCUCCAGAGCUACCACCUCGGCACACUGGGGGUGGUAGGAUUGGUGACAGACUCUCAUCGAGCAGUAACUUUGAACUCUGCACAAACACGUCUGAUGCAAACGGAGUUGAAGCAGAUAUUGGGCAAACGCUGAAGAAGGAGUUCUGGUUUCACGGAACUUUGGGAAGAUCAGAGGCUGCUCAAUUAGUUCUGCACGAUGGAGCUUCCGGUCAUGGAUUGUUCUUGGUUCGGCAGAGUGAAACGCGAACCGGCGAGUUUGUGCUCACUUUUAAUUUCCAAGGACGCGCCAAGCAUCUUCGAAUGACUAUAAACGACCAGGGCCAAUGCCGUGUGCAGCAUUUUUGGUUUCACACCAUUUACGAGAUGUUGGAGAAGUUUCGGCAAUCGCCAAUCCCAUUGGAAAGCGGCGGCAGUUCGGACGUGACGCUGACCGACUUCGUGGUGAAUCCGAACGCGAGAAGCGGUCACGCCAGGAUACCGCUGGGCUUACCACCAGGAGGAGGAGCAGGAUCGAGCAACGGGGAGAGGCGCGCACCUCCAGUGCCAGAGACGCAACAUGUGCAAACUCACUCGGGCAGUAUUCGAACGCAGGAAACGACACUGGAGCAAAUCACAGAAGUGUCGAACAGGGCCGUCGAUAAUCAGUACAGCUUUGUAUGAUGGUCACUGAAUCGGACACAGCCGAAACCGAACAAAAAGUAAUUAACAGGGUUUUUUCCAUUAUAUUUUUAAUUUGUAUGUUGUAUAAAAAAAAGUAAGUUUUUCUUUCACUCGAAAAUUACGAGGAAGGAAACAAAUUGUAAGUAUUUUAGCACAAUAAUCGUUAAUAGUUUUUUCAUCACGAAAUUAACACAGAUACAUUUUUAAUAAUUUUUAA